AUGAUAAAAGAAAAAGAUCUAGAUCUCGUUCUAGAUCCCGAGAAAAAGAGAGAGACAGAGAAAGAGAGGGCAGACCAGCUAGGUCAGUGGAUAGAGAUCGUGAGAGAGAACGUGAUCGACGACGCCAUCACAGAUCAAAAUCUCGGUCCCCACGACGACGACACAGAUCAUCUAGAAGAUCAAGAUCCGGGUGAGUCAGAAGAUAUAACAGAGGAAGAAUUGGCGAUGAGAAAAGCUAUGGGGUUUUCAUCUUUUGAUUCAACAAAGGGUAAGAAAGUUGAUGGGACUGAUAUAUCAUGUAUUAAUGUGGUCCAGAAACGAAAAUACAGGCAGUACAUGAACAGAAGAGGAGGUUUCAACAGGCCUUUGGACUUUGUCGCAUAA